AUGGAACAAUCGCUGCCAACGACCGUGUCUACGUGCACCCCCGACACGGCGAUGGGCAAGCACGUGUUCAAGAUCGUCGGCUACCAUCUGCACAAGGGUUUGGGCGUCGGCAAGUACAUACGGUCCGCCACCUUCGCCGUCGGCGGCUACGACUGGUGCGUCCGUUGCUACCCCGAUGGAUACUCAUCCCCCGAGUGCAAUGGCCACAUCUCUGUCUACCUCGAGCUCCUCUCCAGGAACGCCGAGGUCAGGGCGAACUACACAUUCAGUCUAAUCGACUCGGGCGGCGGCGGCGCGCAGCCAUGGUCGCCGUUCAUCCGCCGCUUCGCUCACAACUACACCUCCGUCGAUGCUUGCUAUGGAGCUGACAUGUUCAUCAAACAGAGUUCGCUCGAAUCGGUGCCGUACCUGCGGGACGACACCGUGGUGAUUGAGUGUGAGGUCAAGGUUAUCAGGUGCCCGCAGGUGCAGGAGGAGUCCGUGCUGGCCGCCACACAUAUCGAGGUGCCGCCCUUGGAUCUGCCGAACCACCUCAGAAAGUUGCUGGAUGGAAAGAGAGGAGCAGAUGUGACUUUUGAGGUUAAAGGCAAGGUUUUCCCUGCACACAAGAUUAUGCUCGCCACGCGAUCGCCGGUCUUCGAUGCUCAGCUCUAUGGACCCAUGAGCGAUGCCAAUGCCACAAGUAGGAACAUAAUCAUCGAGGACAUGGAACCCCCUGUUUUCAGGGCCUUGCUUCACUUCAUCUACACGGAUUCGCUGCCGGCUAUGGAUGACCUUGAUGAUGGUGAGAACCAAGAGAUGGUUAAACACUUGCUGGUGGCUGCCGACAGGUAUGCCAUGGACAGGAUGAAGAUGAUAUGUGAAGGUAUUCUCUGCAAGAGCCUUGACGUUGAGACCGUGGCGACGACAUUGGCGCUAGCUGAUCAGCAUCACUGCAGCAAGCUGAAAGAUGCCUGUGUUGAAUUCAUUCUCUCUUCAAACAGAAUGGAUGAUGUGGUAGCAAGCCAGGGGUAUGCACACCUCAAACGAUCUUGUCAUGCUCUCAUGUUUGAUGUCUUUGAGAGGGCUACCAAGUCUCGCAAAAUUUAA